AUGGUUCUACUAAUUUUGCCUGAAUACGAACUUGAAGAUGAACAGCAAGAGGAAUUAAUUGAGCGUAUAGAACAAUUAAGAAUUGGGCAAUUUAAAAGUUUAAGUCUUUUCUCUUUGAAUGGAGAUGUGGCUAUUGGAAGUGUGAAAAUACCAGAAAAUUUAAUUGUACCAAAAACACAAUUAAUACAAGACGAAUUGAAAGGAACACGUUAUGAUGUUCAAUCUGGACCUAUACAAAUAUUGGAUACUAAAACAAUUAAAAUAUUUGGAUUUAUAUUUCAAGGAGACAAAGCGCCAGACGGAUAUUUCUAUGUUGGCCGCGGUCUAAACAUAACAAAAGAAUCCGGGGUUAAAGCAGCAAUUCGAGGGAGAGAUACUUUUGACUCAAUAACCCCAAUAAAUGAGAGAUAUACUGGAGGGAAAGACAUUUAUGUUGAAUUGCCUGAUGGGUAUGAUGUUCAACAUAUUGACUGGAUUUCUGUUUAUUGUUUACAUUUUGAAGUAGAUUAUGGACAUGUAUUUAUUAGAAAUAUAUCUCCUAUGAUACCCCCACAUGUUCAAAUACCUAUGAGGGUGAGUUGAAGAUCUGGAAUUUUUGUUUUGAAUUUUUUGCUUCAUCUUUUAAAUUUUGCUUCACUUUUUUCUAUUUUUGCUUCACUUUUUAUUAUUUUUGCUUCAUUCCCUGUUUCAUUUUUUUAAAUUCUGCUUCAUCCUCUGAAUUCUGCUUCAGUUUCCGAAUUCUCAUUCACUUCCUAAUAUUCUUGCUUAAUUUUCGGAAUAUGCUUCACUUUUUAAAAUUUUGCUUCAUUUUCUAAUCUUUCUGCUUCACAUUUUCAAUUCUGCUUCAUUUUCUGAAUUCUGUUUUAAAUAUAUUCUGACUCAUGCUUCGCUUUUUAAAAUUUUGCUUCACUUUUCUGAAAUCUGCUUCAUUUUUGAACUCUGCUUCACUUUUUCAAUUCUGCUUCAUU